GAUUUUAAUCCAAAUCUAAUUAUUAUUACUGUAACUAGAUUAAUAAUCAAAUUAUGGAUAUUGAAUAUUAUAUUGUUAAAAAUAUUCCAUGGAAUAAAUUACCACCUGAAGUGCAAUCGCUUAUCGAUAAUUCCGAUGAAUAUGCCAAAAAAAUUAAAGAAUAUUCAAUUGUAAAUCAAUUACGUUAUAAAGAUAAUCUAAUUCGACAAGUUGAAAAAAAUCAACGUGCUUAUCAUGACCAAUUAUUACGUUAUAGCCGUGAUCAUUAUAUGCUUUUUCCAUAUCAUCUUUCUGAAUACAUUAUCAAUGGAAUGCGUAUAACGCCAUUUCAAUAUUAUCAAGCAAUACUAAUACAGAUGAUUGAACAGGAAAAAAAUUAUGAUACAUUACCGAAUUUUACCGCUGCCGAUUGUUUUCGUCUAAUGGGUAUUGGUCGUAAUCAAUAUAUUGAUCUAAUGAAUCAAUAUAAAUCAUCGAAAAAAUUUUUAGGCAUGAUCAAAAAACCUAUCCGAGAAUUGUUGCCAACAAAACCAGUGGAAACACUUUUCAUUGAUUUUUGGUGGACAAUACGACCUGGUUAUAUCACUGAAGAUGAUAUUAAAUCAAUGGUAACAUCAACAGAAAAGGUGGUCAUCGAUAUUGUUGUCAAUGAUUUAUCGAAAACAUUUCCAGCUGGAAAUUUUCCAUAUGAAAUUGUUUCAAAUUUAUAUAUUAAAGGAUUGAUUUAUUUUGAUAUCAUCAUCGAUGAUAAUGAUCUGAUCUACAUACCACCAUUGGAAGGUUUCGUUAUGAAUCGUACAACUGGUGAUUAUUUUGAAAAAUUAUUAUAUAAAAUUUUCGUAUCCAUCGAUGAAAAGACAACGAUUCUAGAAUUAUCGGAAGUUUUAAAAAUUGAUUUGAAUUUAGUCAAGAAUGCCAUUUCUAUGUAUUGUCGAUUGGGAUUUGCAUUCAAAAAAAACAAUGAUAUCAAUGUUAAUAAUUGUCAUGAUUCAUGGCUCAAACAUGUGGCUAAUACAUCUGCUGAAACUGCUGGACAGACAUUUAAUUUGAAAGAAAAUUUUAUCAAUUCUUUAAAUAUGACUGAUGAAACAUCAAGUUUAUCUUUGAUUGUUGAUCCAAUGGAACAAUCAAAUAAUAAUUCUUGUUCAAAGAAAAAUACAUCCGAUAUUUCAUCAGAUUCACUAUCGAUUGGAACACAAUCGAAUGAUAAUACUAAACGUAUUGGUCUACUUUAUGAUUCAACAUUAGCCGCUUUUUUAAUGAUGGGUAAUUUAUCACCUGGUCUUAAAUCACAUGCUGUUACAAUGUUUGAAGUGGGAAAACUUUCGGAUGAAUCUAUGGAAAAUUUUGUCUCUGAAUUGGCCAAAAUUGAAUAUGCUAUUGAUGAUGAAGGUGGUGAAGCUGAACGUUAUUUUCUGCACGCUAUUUUACUAUGUCAAACAAUCCAAUUUUUACGUCAUAAUUUUGAUCUUACAAAAGAUUUCAUGAUCAACGAUAAUAAUGAUACAACUAAUGAAUCCAUCACACACACAAAAGGCUUAGGCCUUGAUCUUAUCCGUUGUGAAAGUCUAUUGAAUUUAGAUCAAGAUUCAUGUGAACGAUUAUUGAUACGUAAUUAUGAACUACUCAUGUCCGUGGCACCAUUAAGUAAUGAAACACAGAUUUUCACCAGUGAUCUAAUACCAUAUUUUGGUGCAUCAUCAUUAGUCAAUUCAAUUUGGUUCAAAUUGUAUCUUUAUUCAAUCACAAAUUCUGGACCAGUUUCAUUCCUAAUUGCAAAAGGUGUUCGCCUGACAAAGUUACCGGAAAUUUUUUACAAUUAUGAUUGUAUUAUGCUAACACCAUGGGGUCGUGAUUCAUCGGUAGUGUCCAUUUCCAAUGCUUUGAUUGCCAUUAAUGAAACAACAAUUUUCAAUCCAGUAUUAAUACAAGCUUAUCCACAAAAUUAUUUUAAAUUAUCUAAAAAUGAACUUGUUUACAUUCCAUUGCCAUUAUUGGAUGAUCCACAGAAAGAUGAACAAAUUUAUCAAGAAUUUAUCACUAAACAUCCAGCCAUUACGAAAAUGCGUGAACAUAUAAAUCUUAAUCGUAUUUGUGGAUAUUUAACAUUCAUCAAUUAUCAUAAACAACCAAUUUUUGAUGUUGAUAAUCUUAAUCCCAAUGAAUGGUUUAUUUAUGAUUGUCAUUUCGGUAUACCAUUGUUUGAUCGUCAAUUAAACAAUGAUGUUUGUAAUCGUAUUCGUUCGAAUCGAUUAUUUGAUAAAGAAAAAUUAAAAGAUUUAAUUGAAUCGAAUAAAAAAUUAUUCCAUGAAAUUGAUAUUUUUAUUAAGAAAAAUAUAGCUCCACAAUCGUCGAGAACAAAUUUUAAACAUCAUCAUCAUCAUCAUCAAUCACAACAACAACAACAACAACAUCAUCAGCAAUAUCAACGAGUUCCACUUCCAUCUAAUUGUAUAAUGUUUGAUGAAUAUGGAAAUUUGGAUCGUUUGUGUUUCAACUAAAUAUAUAAGAAAUAAUUAACGGCGUAA